AUGACAACACCAGCUCCUCCUCAAACCCUCGAGGGCAUUGCGCUAUCGCUUGGCGACAUUGCUCUAAAGCAACCUACUACUUGGGGCUUUGUGAAGAGGAGCGAGGACCUACUGCCUCGCCAUGAGAUGAUUAUUAUGGACGAUAUAGCAAAAUAUGAUGGUGCUACAUCUCACGAUAUCCGUGACCAUUUUACUUCUUGGGUAUUUGAUAUUUUACCAGAUAUCAUGGUUACUACACCAACCGAGUCUGAGCUGCAGCUGACGCUCGUGAAUCAUCCUCAUGGUAAGGGGCGAGAGGAUGGGUUAGGUACACGGUAUAACUUUUGCCUUUUUGUUGAUGAUAUUUGCCUGGAGUCUGUUGACCAUAUGGACGUCCCGGUUGUGAAGUUAUUGGCAAAACACUUUGGUGCGCGAGACCCUGCAGAAAGAGACUAUAUUAUACACCCUGAUUUUGAGGAUGGUGAAACAGACAACGAAGAGGAAGAUGUUGGGUGGAUGUAUUUCGAAUUUGACAAUUAUGUUGAGAUGUAUGACAUGUUGGAGGAGACUCAUUGGUGGUACGAACUAUACCGGAGACCACCCUUGUUACCUUAUGACUCUCUCUCGCAGCAAAACCCAGGAUACUGGCGUAAUGGCUAG